AAGGAAAAGACGCGAGUCUGAGUUGAGAUCUAAAUCUAAGACUUGAAAUCCACGCGAAAGAGCGUUGCAGACUUGCAGUACCCCUAAUACCUCCCCCCAACCCUCCCCAUAUGCUGCGCAAAUUUGCACACACACUCCUCUCGAGUUGACAAGAAUUGAGUAGACUCCAAUUUUUACCAUCCUGGACUAAGCCCUAAACUCCUCAGAUCCAAAUCAGAUCCACUGCCGCUGCGCCAACUUGGUACUGGUACUAGUUUACUUGCAGUUGGUUGUUGAAUUGAUCUUUAUCUCCAUCAAUAUAGCUUGGUUUAGCUGGUUUGGGGACAGUUUCUCUGCUUUCCUCUUAGUGAACAAUGGCUUUGCCUUUGAUUUCAAGAAGGAAAUUAUGCACUGCUUUUGUGUGCUUGGUUUUCGUAUUCCAAACCGCUUAUGGUUUCUAUCUACCUGGAAGCUACAUGCAUACAUACUCAACUGGGGAUGAAAUUUAUGCCAAGGUGAAUUCAUUGACCUCCAUUGAAACUGAGCUUCCGUUCAGCUAUUACAGUCUGCCUUAUUGCAAGCCUCAAGGAGGCAUCAAGAAAAGUGCUGAAAAUCUUGGAGAACUGCUGAUGGGAGAUCAAAUUGACAAUUCCCCAUACCGCUUCCGUAUGAAUGUCAAUGAGUCUCUGUACAUUUGCACCACUCUACCAUUGAGUGAGUAUGAGGUAAAGCUUUUAAAACAGAGAACUCGUGAUCUGUAUCAAGUGAACAUGAUUCUUGAUAAUUUGCCUGCAAUGAGGUAUACCAACCAAAAUGGUAUUAAAAUACAGUGGACCGGAUACCCAGUGGGAUAUACUCCUCCAAACAGUAAUGAUGAUUACAUUAUUAACCAUCUCAAGUUUAGGGUAUUAAUUCAUGAGUAUGAAGGAGCUGGUGUGGAAAUAAUUGGUACUGGAGAAGAAGGUAUGGGUGUCAUUUCAGAAGCUGAUAAAAAGAAGGCUUCGGGGUAUGAGAUUGUUGGUUUUGAGGUUAUCCCAUGUAGUGUAAAGUAUGACCCUGAGAAGAUGGCAAAACUCCACAGAUAUGAUAAUGUUACGUCGGUGAGCUGUCCACUGGAGCUUGACAAGUCUCAGAUUAUAAGGGCUUAUGACGUUGAGUUUGUAAAAAGCAACACUAGGUGGCCAUCUCGGUGGGAUGCUUAUCUGAAGAUGGAAGGUGCCCGUGUGCACUGGUUCUCGAUUCUUAACUCAUUGAUGGUGAUUUCCUUCUUGGCAGGCAUUGUGUUUGUCAUAUUUUUGAGAACAGUCAGAAGGGAUCUGACGAGAUAUGAAGAGUUGGACAAAGAGGCUCAGGCUCAGAUGAAUGAGGAGCUUUCAGGAUGGAAGCUUGUGGUUGGUGAUGUAUUCAGAGAACCAUCGCAUUCGAAGUUACUUUGUGUCAUGGUUGGAGAUGGAGUUCAGAUUACUGGAAUGGCAGUUGUCACUAUUGUUUUUGCAGCUUUGGGUUUCAUGUCACCAGCUUCACGUGGUAUGUUGUUGACGGGGAUGAUAUUGCUGUAUCUUUUCUUGGGAAUUGCUGCCGGUUAUGUUGGUGUGCGUAUGUGGACGACUAUUAAAGGUUCAUCUGAAGGGUGGAGAUCAGUUUCUUGGUCCAUAGCAUGCUUCUUCCCUGGAAUUGUUUUUGUUAUUUUGACUGUGUUGAAUUUCAUCCUUUGGGGGAGUAGGAGUACUGGGGCUAUUCCUAUUUCUUUAUACUUCAAGCUCUUGGCACUCUGGUUCUGUAUUUCUGUGCCACUCACUCUCUUGGGUGGACACUUCGGCACACGAGCUCAGCCUAUUCAGUACCCUGUCCGAACUAACCAAAUCCCAAGGGAGAUCCCUGCACGCAAGUAUCCCUCAUGGCUUCUUGUUCUUGGUGCUGGAACUCUUCCAUUUGGAACUCUAUUUAUUGAGCUUUUCUUCAUCCUCUCUAGUAUCUGGCUCGGACGGUUCUACUACGUCUUUGGGUUCUUGCUUAUUGUCCUCUUGUUGUUGGUAAUAGUUUGUGCUGAAGUUUCUGUUGUCCUGACUUACAUGCAUCUCUGUGUUGAGGACUGGAUGUGGUGGUGGAAAGCAUUCUAUGCCUCCGGUUCAGUUGCCCUAUAUGUAUUCUUGUACUCUGUCAAUUAUCUGGUUUUUGACCUCAAGAGUUUGAGUGGGCCAGUGUCAGCUACACUUUAUCUUGGCUACUCACUGAUAAUGGCUAUUGCAAUCAUGCUCUCAACUGGCACCAUUGGUUUCCUUACUUCAUUCUACUUUGUCCAUUACCUCUUCUCAUCAGUGAAGAUUGAUUGAAGGAAACCAUUGACUAGAGCAACACCAGUUUGCCAGCAUAGAAAAUCUUGCAGCAUGAGAGCAUAUCAGCAUUUCACCAAGCAUAUAGCAGAGCGGUCGUAAAUUUUCUGUAUCUGAUACUCAAUAUUACUAUAGAACUAAAUUGUCAUUUAGCUUUUUCAGUUUCAUUAUGUUCUGCCAAUUUUCAUCCUUAAUUCGAUGAUGUAGUCUUACACAUAGCUGAGCUCCUCUUCCCGUAUAAAUUCAUGGUGUGAAAAACUAAUGUGCUCGAUUGUUCUUAUUGUAACUGUAUGUUGAAUACAGAGGUAGAAGUGAUGAUUGUUUUGUACCAAUGAUUAGCUAUUGGUUUUUAGUUGCAUUUGAGAGUGAUUCUGGUCGCGGUA